CACCAAACGGCCGCGACGAGUACGACGGUUCACGACUCAGUGCACGACUUGGCGCAGCGGCGAACAGCACAUCGGACGUAUGCGAUUCGAUGAUUGGCGCGAAUCGUGGACCGGAAUAUUUAUUGUGAGAAGUGUUUGCGCGCGCGGACGAUUCAACUAACUUCGGCGACCGAAGCGGAUCGAUCGGGUCCGGAGUGAGUAUUCCGAAUAACGAGAAUUUUGUUCUUGUGUGAAACCGCGCUGCUCUCUUCUCGCGAACAUCUUUCCGUGUGAACGGCUUCCCGUCACGACAACGACGAACAACAACGACGGCAACAACAACAACAACACAACGACCAGCUUGUGCUCCAUGAGUGUUCUGGACUGCGCACUGCUCCGAGCGGACGACGACUGUUUGUCGCGAGGAUUUUUUGGCGCAGAUCAUCAUCACUAUCGGCUUACAGCGGCCUUCUCGUCAUUGCAUUGACGGCGCCGUGGCCAAGAUCACGAUGACUAUGGACGUGAGCAAAUCCGAGACGAAUAAAAAUGGUUCGACGCAGCAGGAGUGCGCUGGCUGCGGGAAGACAAUUACGGAGAGGUAUCUCCUCAAGGCCUUGGACCUCUACUGGCACGAGGACUGUCUCAAAUGCGGAUGCUGCGACUGUAGGUUAGGAGAAGUCGGUUCUACCCUCUACACCAAAGCUAAUCUUAUCCUCUGUAAGAGGGACUACCUUAGGCUCUUCGGCAACACGGGAUGUUGCGCGGCGUGCAACAAACAAAUACCGGCGUUCGAAAUGGUCAUGAGGGCCAGAACGAACGUUUAUCAUCUCGAUUGUUUCGCCUGUCAGCAAUGCACCCAUCGGUUUUGCGUGGGCGAUCGGUUUUACUUGUGCGAGAAUAAGAUUCUCUGCGAGUACGACUACGAGGAGAGGCUAGCCUUUGCUAAUAUGGCGUUACAGUCACCCGCCUCAUUGGCAUACAUCAAAAGGCAACUCCCUCCGACACCGACGCCCCCGGGUCAGAACAUGCAUCCGGGACACAAUCCGCUCCAAGCUCAUCAAGGUCUGGGGCAGUCGGUGGCCCAGCAUAAUCACGUGCCGAACGGUCAAAUGUCAGGAGGAACGCCCACGGUGAACGGGACGGCUAUAGGGGUGGGCGGACCAAGGGCGCCGGGUGACAUGAACAACAACGGCUUGUCCGGUCCCGCUCUCGGACCUGUGAAACCAGCUCCGAUGUCGAUGCAGGCGCCGACCAGCUGAAACGAGGCUUCGCCGCCUCUGAAGAAGCUCAGGUGUCUCAGCGGUUAUUAAAGACCGACGGGAGUUUUUCUCUUCGUUCGAAAGGGAUGAAGGAAGUAUACGUUGCAUCUCCAAGGAUGAUAAGGUGAAUUGAGUUGAAAAGAGUUGAGGGGUCGCCGAGAAGUCGCCAGAUAGCACGGGGUGAAACAGAAGAACCAAGGGGACAGAACCUUAAACGGACAAAUUCCAAAAUUGGAAUUCGAAACUACGAGGACAAAGUGACGGGGUUAAUGGAAUUACUGUGAUCGUGGAAAAAAUGAACAAAUUUAAUGGAAGAUAUGUUAAUACACGUAGGACGCACGUGCGAGGUACAUAUACGAGCUUAAGCUCGACAUACAUUUUACCUACAGACAUGGAUAUAUAAUACACACACACACACACACACACAGAAUACACACAAGAACACCUCUCUCUCUCUCGGACAACACAAACGUUUGAAUGACGUCGUAAAAUUUCUCGAACGUCUUUCAGACGUCUCCUAGACUUUUGUGUUGCCUGGUAUGAUGAUGAUGCUGCAUGUGCACGUGUGCGUCCUCGAGACACGUAAGAAUAAAUUAGACGAUUCGUGUAAGAUAUAAUUUCACAGAAGCAGAAAAAAAGCGCGAAUGUUUGUGCGAAGAUUUUGAGUGCGUGCGUGCGUGCGUGGGCGGGGCGGAGUCGCUUGUAAAUAAAUCUAUGUCGUAUUCGACUCCGCACGUGCGAAAGAGGAUGAAACAAUUUACCAGUAUACGCAGAUCCACCGAGACGACUCUUUAUUCCACUCGUGAUGCGGACGCCGUUGUCCGUCUGUAAAAAAGGACGCCGUUUUGAAAAUACGAAUUUCUUGUGAAGAGAACACGCGCGAGGGGUUCUGUAACACGUGCCAUAAUCCUGCGAUCUCCCGGGUUUUUUUUUUUUUUUUUUAAUCAAACCACCUCGCGCAACCACAAAAGAGAAAGAAAAUAAUUUUCCAUAUUUUGUAUUUCGAAAUUGGAAAUCGAGAAUCAUAGCACAUCGAUUUUUCGAAUUCGUCUGACACGUGAGAUACAAAAGUACAUUAUUAUUGAUUUAAAGUUAAUUUUCGUGGCUCUUCUAGUCUCGUAAAAUUUUUGUUAUUAAACAUUAGGUCGCGCGCCAAGCGUGCGAUCAGUUCGCGACAGCCGAUACCAAAGAACAAUUGAAGAUUAGGUUAAGAACCCCUCAGAACGAGAGUGCGCCGUGGAGAAAUUUAGUUUCAAACAAACCCGGCGCGUCACGUAAAAUUAUUUUUCUUAAACUUCAUCCGGCGAAUCUUCGCGGCGUUGACGAUGGCGAAUUAUUGUUUUUGGGCUCUUAAACGCGCAAGAAAUCUUAAGAGAACCGAUUUGUUUGUUCGCAAUGACAUUUAAAUAAAAUAUAUUGGAUUUUUUUCUGAUAAGUUUGACGAUUGAAAAUUUGCGCUCUAGCACUGAUAACGAAAUGAAACAGACUCAAAACAGUUUACAAAAUGGGGGCCUUUAAGCACCUUAAUCCGCCACUGGCCGAGAGCCGCGCGAGCUUUCGCCGGAGCAGUGAGGGGCUUAGUCACUUAGCUUUAACGCUUUAAUGCCAAAAAUACAGGCGGCGCUUAUCUGUACCAAACGCCAAACGGGGCAUACAUUCGUAAUCGUACGAAGCAGGAAAAGGAAACCGAUGGGAAACGUUGCUCUUUGCUGCGUUUGUUGCCGCGAUGUUAUUAACUUGGAGCUCGUAACGCUAUUAACUGCGAGCAAUUUCCCGCGACGCCGGAAAUGCCGGUCUCUCUCAUUCUCGCGUAUGUCCGCGGACUUUCUCUCGUUCGCGGCCGGUUGUGCCGCCAGCUUGGUGGACUGAAAGCGACUGUAAAAUAUAUCGCAGCUUUUAGCAUCGAGCAGAUAUAUACAUUUCUCUUGUAGAUAAUUUCUUAUAAUUUUUCUACGUUACAUAACUUUUAUCAUUUUAUGCGCUAAACAGGAUAAAUAAUCAAAUAAACAAUUGUGAUUACGUAACUGAUUUUUAUGGCUUGAGACGAGACAGCAAAUUGUUGUUCAUUGACGUACAUAUAUGUUUUUGCGAAAUGUGAGAGAGAAAGUGUAACGGGAAAUUAGUUUGCACACAUAUUGGACACACUUGUAAAUCGAGCAUCAGUGGAUCGAAGCCAACGAGUGAUCGUACGGCGUUAGUACAAAGAUCCUGCGACGUAUAGCGAAGAGAGAAGUCGGACGAUAGAACAAGAGUACGAGCGAGAAAGAAACAUUAUCUCCCAUAUGUAGGAACAAAGAGAAUAAAAAGUAAGAGACGGGAGACUCUUUCCCGUUUUUUAUCUCCAUCUGUAUAUAAUACUAUUUACCUAGAGGACUCUAUUAAUAUAUUUACGACCGUCUCCUCCCUUCCCCAGCGGGGAGCGCCCAUUACUACCGAGAAAAUAUAACAUUCUUAUAAAUACAAUCUGGUGUAUAUUUCAAGAGUGUUUUUUUUCUUUUGUUUUAUUUCCAGUCAAAGAACAUCCACGCACACGUUGUCCUACGAGAUCUUCGAUAUCCUGACAGAUCCUACGCGCGUUUCGCAUUCGGAACGUUUUCCCUACUCUUCUUCGCGUCCCCGUCGUUCUUCCCUCGCCCUCUCCCCUUCUCUUUCUCUCAUCUCCGAACCGAUUAACUCGUCUUAAUCUUUCCAUCGCGUUGAGGAGUCAAAAAUUGAGGUAAGUCCCGGUGCGCGGUCGAAAAUCGUCGAUCGAGAACUACGAUGAUGAAAAAGAAGGACAGGAAAGAGACGGCUCACGUGGCAUCCGAGCUAAUACGAGAAGGGUGGAAACGCGAUUUCCCUAAUGCCCGCCAGCCUGCGGAGCCCGAAUAUUAUUAUGCGCGGUGAAGACUUUAUAAUAAGACGUGGAACUCCUUUAAAACUUGCGUAUACGCGCCUCCGAAAACGCUGCAUAUACACAUACACACACAUUAUGUAUAAGUUCUACCACGUUGAGUUACGAGGUCGUUUUGCUUGAUGGUUGUUUCAGUUUUGGAAUCUGACUCUGCGCCGAAUGACUGCGCAAUUGAUCG